CAUGAGAGCAAGAACAAGUUCUAUACCCAAACAAUUGAGCUACACUUUUCUUAUCCUAAAUAGUCAUCAAUGGCGUCUAUAGUAUCUAAGAAGCAGCAGAAGCAAGCUCUACUCAAAGUAGAAGUGGAAGAAGAAGAAGAAGAGAUCAAUAGAUUUCCACCUCUUAGCCCACUUUCUCAAUAUAUCAAUAGUUCUGCUCUUUCCAUUCCCAUCAUAGGAGUUUAUGAGUUAGAGGUUCCCAUCUCUAGGUCUCAAACCUUUGAUUUCCUUAGAGAUGUCUUCAUUCCCAUCCACUCUCGUUUCUCAUCUAUUGUCAUCAGAGACAAGAAGGGCAUCCAACGGUGGAAGAGGGUCGAAGUUGUGAUCGACGAUCACAUCUUCAUCCCUACCUUCCCUACCGGAUUAUCAACUCUAGACUAUGAUGAUAUCUUGGAGGAGUACUUGUCUAAGAUAAUUCUAGAACCUCAACCAGACACUAGGCCUCUAUGGGAGGUACAUGUCUUCAUGUACCCCACAAGUAACGCUAAGGGGACUCUUAUCUUCAAGAUCAAUCACGCCAUUGGAGACGGUUAUUCACUCAUGGCUGCUCUCUUUUCUAUUCACAAGAGGGCUGAUGAUCCUACUCUUCCUCUUACUUUCCCUGAUGUUGCCCCAAGAAUGCCCAAAGAUAUUAGCAAGUGGAAGAAAAUUAAAGGCCUUAUGUCUCUAUGUCUCAACACUUUCACCGAUUCAGCUUGGAGUGUGUUGCAGGGCACGAUCAUGGAGGACGGAAAAACCGCAAUCCGGUCGGCAAAACCUGGAGUUGAAUUUGAGCCCAUUUCAGUUCAAACUGUUGUCUUCUCCCUCGAUGAACUUCGUAAAAUCCAGUCCAAGGUUGGAGGAACAGUGAAUGAAGUGAUCACAGGGGUGAUAUCAUACGCAAUCCAACUGUACAUGAACAAGAUUGGGAACGUCAGUAAUGGUGAGAGGAUGACUGCAAUAGUUGUGAUGAACGCUAGAAUGUUGAAAGGGUUUCAAACAGUUGGAGAUAUGUUAAAAGCUAACAUAUGGGGGAACCAUUUUAGCUUCUUGCAUGUAAUGCUUCCCUCUAAGUGCAAGGAUCUUAAGAAUAUGGAUCCCAUGGACUUUGUGGUCCAAGCCAAGGAUGAGAUGAGGAGGAGGAGGAAUUCCAUGGCUCUUUAUCUCACCAAAAGAAUAUUGGGAAUUUUCAGGAAAAUCAGAGGACCUGAUGCGGCUGCAAGGCAUGUCUAUUCAAUCUGGAAUAACACAAGCGUCACCAUGUCAAGUUUGGUUGGACCAACACAGAAAAUGGUGAUAGCAGACCAUCCCAUCAACAGUUUCUAUUUCACUCUGGCUGGUGUUCCUCAGAGCUUAGUAUUUACCAUUGUGAGUUAUAUGGGAAAGCUAAGGGUGGUGGUGAGGACGGAGAAGGCGUUCAUCAACUGUCGAUUGUUCGUUUCGUGUAUGAAUGAAGCCUACGAAAACAUUCGUGAAGCAGCUAGUGGAAUGGAUACUAUGAAGAAAUCAAACUAACAUGUGUGAUGUUGAAGAUUUAUCCUCUCCUCUUCCCCUAAUAAAAGCAAUUUAAGUCUUAAAAAUUAAUGGAAAUAAAAUCCAUGUUAAUCAUCAUUUAUCCCAUACCAACCCUCUCUGUGUGAUCUGUUUUUUUCUUUGGGUAAAAAAAAAAAAAAAAAAAAACUCUCUAUGUUCCACAUGUUAUGUUAUAUAAUCUUUACUAAGAUAAGAUAUAUCCAGGAAAUUAUAUAAUGUAUUGUGAAAUGUUUAGUGAAAAAACCUCAAUUGGUGUGGUUACUGUUGUAUUA